AUGACAUGUUGGGAUCUUCGUCUAUUACUCACCGGCCUCUUGACUGCGGGCACGUGCUGCGCCUUCAAAGCAGCAGUUUACGAACACGUCUUGUUGGGCGACCCAGCUAACGAAUCCUUCGAAGCACUCGUCGCGAAGAAUUUGGACAGCUAUGUCCAGGCCGUACGAGCAGCGGCCGCUCAGGGAUGCGACAUCAUCGUGUUUCCCGAGAAGGGCCUCAUGCUUGGUCUGGACGACCGCCAGAAAUUGUCUAUGCACGCCGAAGACAUACCGGAUGUCGGAGCGUCGCCGUGUCUCGAAGGCGGGGACCUCGCCCCUGUCCUGGCAGCCCUGAGCUGCCUGGCGAGGGACAACCGCAUCUACGUCGUGGCCAACGUGUACGACCACAAGCCCUGCCCGACCGGAAGGACCUCGUGUCCACCCGACGGAGUCCUCUUCUACAACACAAACGUGGCCUUCGGCCGCGACGGAACCCUGGUGUCCAGGUACCACAAGAAUCACCUGUUUCGUGAGGUUCUGCUGGAUACUCCGGAGCCCUUCGAGGAGGCCGUGUUCGAGACGGACUUUGGCGCCCGUGUGGGCAUGUUCAUCUGCUUCGACGUUUUAUUCCCAGAAGCCGCUCAGCUGGUGGCGCGACACAACAUCACCCUGGCGGUGAUGAGCACAUUCUGGUACGAUACUUUGCCCGGAAUCUAUUCGGUUGCCGUCCAGCAAGCCUGGUCCCUGGUGCACGGAGUGCCGCUCCUCGCGGCAGGGGUUCAGAGGCCUCUGACCGGAACAUUAGGCAGCGGCAUCUACGCGGGCGGAAGGGGCCCGCUCAUUUACAGCUACAGUCCGGACAACCGGUCGAAGCUUCUGAUUGCGAACACGGAAGCUGCGGCGCCCGAAAACCCCAGGUGA